GGGAUAAAUAGCGAUGCCGCACCGUACCCGAUUGCAGAAAUACAGCCCAGAAAAAAGCGCUGCCGUACUCGAUUGCUGAAAUACUGACCUGAAAAAGUUGCAGCUGGGCGGUCACACUGUUCCUGCUGUUCCAGCUGUUCCACCAAAACAAAAACAAUGAACGUUGACAAAACCAAAAAAUUGGCCAUUUUUGCUGCCGGAGUGGGUCUGGUGUAUGUGCUGGUGCGUCACAAGCACUCCCUGCUGUCCAGGCUGCGGCGGACCUGGCACUCGGAGAGUCCGCUGUUCAACAGGCGCAUAGAAGUCAUCAACUCUAUCCAUGACCCGGCCGCCCAGGUCGUGCUUAACGAGCUGCGAACUCACUGCCAGAGCUUCAAGGUGGUCGGCUUCGACUGCGAAUGGAUCACGGUUGGGGGAAGCAGGAGACCCGUCGCGCUCCUUCAGCUCAGCUCCCACAAAGGCCUCUGUGCUCUCUUCCGGCUGUGCACGAUGAAGCAGAUACCCAAGGACCUGCGUGACCUGCUCGAAGACGAGGCCGUCAUCAAGGUGGGUGUAGCUCCGCAGGACGACGCCAAGAAGUUGGCUCACGAUUACGGAGUAGGCGUGGCCAGCACGCUGGACCUGCGUUUUUUGGCCGUCAUGGCCGGACACAAGCCCGAGGGGCUGGGGAAGCUGGCCAAGACGCACGCAGACUUUGUGCUGGACAAGAACUGGCGGCUGGCCUGCUCCAACUGGGAGGCCAAGCAGCUGGAGACCACCCAAAUAAACUACGCGGCCAACGAUGCCCUGGCUGCCGUGGCCAUUUUCCAGAAGUUGUCCAGGGAUCUGGAGCCACGCAACUUCUGGGAUUGGCGGCCAUUGAGCGAGCACAGCUUUCGCCCCAAAAUCGAACCCUUCCUGGACGUGGAUUUUGCCAGGGGCUUCAACAUCAACCUGUCGACGGAUGGGAGUCGUGCCGCCAGUUCUGGUUCCCAGAAGCAGAAGAAAUUGACGUUCAAAAAGCAGCAGUGCCGCCACCUCGGCACCCAGUCGAAGGUCUUCUACGACAACUGCUUGCUGCAGGCUCCCGAUGGGGAGCUCCUCUGCACCAUGGAUCGCCGCAAGGCAUCCUGGUACCUGGCACAGAAUCUGGGCACCAAAGUCAGCGAGGAUCCGUUCACAGUUCGGCUGAACUUCGAGCCCGCGGGAAGGGCCGUGGGAGAGGUGGGACGCUACUACCAGACGCCCAAGGAAAAUCAGUGCGUGGUGUGCGGCAAUCGAGAGGCGUUCAUCCGCAAGAAUGUGGUGCCGCAUCAGUACCGGAAGCACUUCCCCGUGGUCAUGAAGACACACACCUCCCACGACGUCCUGCUGCUGUGCCCGCCCUGCCACCAGCUGAGCAACAUCUCGGAUCUGCGGGUCCACUGCAAGCUGGCCGCCAAGUGCGAUGCCCCGUUCAAGCACAGCGAAGGCAACGUCAAGUAUCACAUCGAUCCAGAGCUAAGGCGGGUCAAGUCUGCUGCCAAAGCGCUGCUCUAUAAUGGCCACCGCAUACCCGCGCAAAAGUUGGAAGAGAUGCGCCAAACUCUUCUGGACUUUUACAAGGAUCACACCGAGGUUACAGAGCAGCUGCUGAGGGAGGCCGCGGACGUGGAGUAUCGCAUGGAGAACGAAGACUACUGCCAGCAUGGCGAGAAGGUGGUGCAGAUGUAUCGCCACGAAUUCGGGGGCCUCAUCGAGCUGGAGCGGCUGUGGCGAGAGCAUUUUCUGCACACCAUGAAGCCCAAGUUUCUGCCCGACCUAUGGAACGUCAAUCACAAUGCCGAUCGCCUGGAGGUGCGAGCCAGCGAGGGACGCGUGGACAGUGCGGAUUUGCUGGUGGCGGGACUGGAGACAAAGCCCAGGGACGCAUUAUAGAUGCGAAUGAAUGGGGGAUUGUUUUGGUUUGCCGCGGGCUUUGUACGUUUUGUAUUUUGGUAAAAAUAAACUACAAUUUGAUUUGCGCUAUGGUACAA